AGGAUACUCUUCGCUACUCGUAGAGAAACACGUGUUUGCUCGUGGAAAGGAAUUCAAUAACAAGAGUGUUUCGUAACGAGUGAUCGAAAUGUUGAUUUUCAUGUUUAUGACAUCUGUUUCUUCAGCGAUAGCCGAUAAGAAUGAUAUUUUCGUAUCGAAAGGUAAAUCGUGGAUCGCUGACGAGAAUUUCAUAGAAAUCAUCAAGUCGUCGUUUACCUCUUCUAGAUGUUGCAACGUUUUUCUAACCGAUUGGACGGAAGAUUCGAGUGCAGUGUUCGAUCAAUUUAAAAACGUCUAUCCGUACGAUUAUCUCUUGGAAACGAGUAUGCACGAGUGCCAGGGAUUCUUUUUUCUGGGAUCGAGUGACGACGAUAUCAUGGAGUCUAUAAAAAAAAUACCUGUGCUACAGUGGGAUAUGGAAAUUCUGAUCAUGGUGAAUAAUAAUACUUCCAGUGAUUCUUGCUUAUUUAACAAUUCUGCAUACGGAAUCGCAAAUAUAAAUAUUGUCUCUGUAUCGGGAAUGUGGAAACUGUCGGAGAACUACGUAAGACCGCGAGUCUUUACUAAAAUAGACAGUUACGAAGGAAUGCAAAUAAAGAACGUGCCGAUAAACUUUCAAAAUAAAGAGUUACAAGUAUGCAGCAUUUUUAGUCCACCGAUGACGUAUCUAAAUCAUACGAUCCAGAUGAUAAUAAACGGAAUAGAAGCAGAUGUGUACACGAUGGACGAUGAGUUGGACUGGGAUGGCGUGGAAAUGAAAUUGUUCUUAAUAAUAGCGGAAAAAUUGAAUUUUACGUGGACCAUAAGGAAACCAGAGGGGAAUUACACAUAUGGCCAACGAAUCAACGACACAUAUUGGAUGGGCGGCCUGAUACAAAUGAUGCGUGAGCAAAAGAUAGAUAUGGCAUUCGCCAGUAUUUGGCUAACGUUGGAUCAAUACAAAUUUGUGAACCUAUCCGAAUCAUGGUAUCAGAUAUACAUACAUUUUUUAGUACCUCGUCCUCAUCGAACCACGAGCUUUUGGGCGCUCAGUAGACCAUUCUCGGAAGAAAUUUGGUACUUGCUCUUAUCUGCAUUUCUCUUACAUGGCCUCUAUACUUACAUUCGUGCUUGGAUCGAUCCGAAAUUUCCAAAACAAUAUCGGAAUUUCUUAGUUGCCCUGACCGAUCUAAUCGGCUAUUUCUUAAGCAGCUCGGUGCCGAAAACGACGCGAAAGAAGACCAACAAACUGCAGAUUCUUCUCUGGCAGACCGCAGGCUGGUUAAUAAUUACAGCUUAUUCCAGUAGUCUCGCGGCGAGACUUGCGAGUUCCGAGUACGAGAGCAGAAUCGAUACGCUCGAGCAAUUUUCCAAGGCGAAUUUGCAGUGGGGACUAGCAAGGGAACUGCCACCGUUUGACGAUUACUUCGACAUGACGAAUCCACUCUCGACGAAACUACGGAGCAGAUUUCAUUAUAUAAAGAACUAUACGCAAUUGAAGCAGCUUAUUCGACGAGGUAAUUACGCAAUUCUAGGGAAAGUAAUGGAUGACAGUUUUGUUCCAAUGGGUUAUUUAUCAAACGAAGAUUUGAAGAAUUACAGAUUGAUGAGACAGCCUGUGGGACAGUUUUAUGCUGCUUUUGCGGUUCAACCAUGGCUUCUAAGACCCAUAAACGAGAUAAUACUCAGGUUAAGAGAGACUGGGAUAAUCAUUGGGCAUUUACGUGAUGUCAUCCGUAGACGAGACAGUUACAACCUUCGCGAGGUAACUGUAGAGCACGACCGGUACGACGGAAGCAUUCAAGUUCUCGGAUUGAUGCCACUCGGCGCUGGAUUUUUUUUGCUGUUUGUUGGCUCGUUGAUAGCCAGCAUGACGUUUUAUUUGGAGUUGAGACGCGCUACAGAUCUAUGUCCAAAGUCUUUUGCGAAAUAUCAGUAACAUGGUUUCAGUCGCGCACUAUUUUAUCAAAUGAAUGAUCUUCGCGUUUUUUUUUUUAAGAAAAG